UAUGGGACAGCAGCAGUAACGGGAGCGCCGCAGACGGAGAUGGUUUCCCUCACGGAGCGAACCCGUGGAGGCACCGGCGGGUCUCCGAUGUCGUGGCGGUGGCGGCUCGCGGUGCUUCUGUUCGCGGCCACGUCGGUGCCGCAGGUGACGGCGCUGGUGGAAGGACUGUACUGCGGCACGGAGGUCUGCUACGAUGUGCUCGGCGUCACCAGGGAGGCCUCCAAGGCUGAGAUCGCCCGAGCUUACAGGCAGCUGGCUCGCCGGUACCAUCCCGACCGAUUCCGUCCUGGAGACCCCGAAUUGGAGCCUGCUCAGCAGCGGUUCCUGCUCGUCGCCACCGCGUAUGAGACACUGAAGGAUGAAGACUCCAGGCGGGACUACGACUACAUGCUGGACCACCCUGAGGAGUACUACCAGCACUACUAUGCCUACUACCGCCGCCGACUCACUCCCAAAGUGGAUGUCAGGGUCGUCAUCCUGGUCACCAUCUGUGCAAUCUCCAUUUUCCAGUACUACAGCUGGCACAGCAGUUACAACGAGGCCAUCAACUACCUGGUGACAGUUCCUAAAUACCGGAUCCAGGCCACUGAGAUCGCCAAGCAGCAGGGUCUGCUCAACCGCGCCAAGGAGAAGGGCAAGAACCGGCGCUCCAAAGAGGAGAUCCGCGAGCAGGAGGAGGAGGUGAUCCGCGACAUCAUCAAGAAUAAGAUAGACAUUAAAGGAGGCUAUCAGAAGCCCAACCUGUCCGACAUCCUGCUGUGCCAGAUCGUCCUCUUCCCUUACUACCUGACCCAGUAUGUGAAAUGGUACGUGACUUGGGUCUACCGCUUCACCAUCUGCAGAGAAGAGUACGGUCAGGAGGAGAAGCUCUACUUGAUCAGGAGGAAUAUGAAAAUGUCCCAGGCUCAGUUCGACGGCAUGGAUGAAAACUCUGUGGAGACGUUUCUGGAGAAGCAGCUGUGGAUCAAAGAAAACUAUGAGGUUUACAAAAAAGAGCAGGAAGAGGAAAUGAAAAUAAAGAUGGCCACGGAUCCGAGGAUGAAGAGGUACCGGCGCUGGAUGAAGAACGAAGGACCCGGGCGACUGACCUUCGUGGACGACUGAGGGAGGGUGCAACUCUCCAAGCCCAACAUGUCUGCCUCAGUGCCAACAAGCAAGGACUUCUCUCACAGCGGUGGAAGUGCUUGUGUAGAGUUCUGCUAUGCCUGUUUAUAAAGUCAGAGAUAUUUUCAUACUCAUCGCGCCUCAGACCAGGUGGAGAAUAAACUGUGAGAUGAAUUGUCACAGUGUUUUUAACAUCUUUAAAUCCUUUUAUUUUGAGCUGUGUCCUGCUGCUGCUCUCAAAGAGUCUUCAUUGUGGAAUACCGUCCAGUGACCAGUGGGUUACCAAGUAUCAUUCAAGUGUCCUUGGGCAAUCAAACUUUUAUAAGAAAUAAAAUCUUUGGA